AGUGACAGUUCGAAUGUAAACAAAGUCUUAUCAGCAUCGCUUCGGCAUCAUGUCGUGCGUUUGAAUCAAAUUUUAAGUUUUUACAGUCUUUUAGUAGAAAUUCCUUAAGAGUGAAGUCUGAAUAAUAGCGUAAUUGAUUUUGGUAGUGUUUCAGCCAAGCGCACGAUAUUUAUUCAGUCGUAGUUCCAGCAUUUUGAGUCAUUUUUGGUGAGCCGCCUUUGUGUUUACAAAUCGAAAGCAAAGCCAAAUCAACUCACCCACCGACGCCGUUUGCAGGGAGGCAUGCCCCACAAACACAAGAAUGGCCUACCACUGGACGGACAAUAUUCAUACAACUGCACUCACGCCGCGGGACUACCAAGUGGAGUUACUGGCCUCAGCUAAAGAGCGCAACUUGAUCCUGUGUCUGGCACACAAUUCUUCGAAAGAAUUCAUUGCACUUAAGUUGAUCCAUGAGCUGGGCUUUCAGCUGCGCAGUCAGGCUGAAGGAGAGCGGAAGCGCACCAUCUACAUUUCUCAAAACGAUUCAGUGUUUAAUCUGAUUCGAGACCUGACGGAUCUGAGGGUAGUCAAUGUGAACGAUCUGGAGGACGAGGAGGAAGACUUUGAGUGGGAGCAACUAGUGGAAGAUUUCCAAGUAAUUAUAACGGACGAACGGAAGUGCCUGGAUGCCAUCAUCUGUGGCUAUUUGGAUCUGAACGAGGUCAAUCUGCUGGUGAUCGACGAUUGCCAUAAAGUGUACGGCAAUGAGGAAAUAUCGAAACUGUUCAUCGAAUACUACAACGGGUGCCGGGAGAAGCCGAAAAUAUUGGGACUGGCUGGGCCAUUGCACAACGCCGGAUGCAUUCCGGGUAGGUUAAGCGCAGAGCUGGAACAACUUGAACAUUGUUUGCAGUCGAAGGCGGAAACGGCCAGCGACAUUGUGACUGUGUUAAGGUAUUGCACCAAACCGAGGGAAAUAAUACUGCAAUGUGCACCACCCGCAGAUAACAACUUAGCAUCGUAUUUAAAAGAAAUAGUUCUAACGCAAAUAACAUUCCUCGAGGACCACCGGUAUGAUCCGUCGGAAAUCUACGAAGAUGACGAGUUCCUCGAGGAGCUGAAAAACAUUCCCGAUCCACGGGCAGAUCCGCUCCGGUUCCUCCACGAUUUCCUAGCCGUUCUGGAUGAAAUGGGUCCGUGGUGUGCCGACCGAGCUGCCUUGGCCAUGAUCGUGCAAAUUGAGAAGCAAAAGAUUAAAACUCCUUACGAAAGGCAUUUUCUGCUGCUGUGCAUGGUUUCGACGGUGUUUGUGCAGAUCAGGUCCCAUUGUGAUCAGGUGUUCCAACAGUAUUCCAAUGAGAAGGAGAAGAUUCUAGCCCAUUCCACGCCAAAGGUUCUUAGGAUAUUAGAAAUCUUUCGACAUUUUAGUCCAGCGAGCCAUAAAAAUAAGGAGACGAUUGUGAAUGACACAGUUCCAGAAGAACAAUCGGAAAUAUGCCAAUCGAAUUCUUGCCAAAAUCUUCUAGAAGAGAUAAAGCUGAUUGAUUUCAAGAAAUUGAUAGCAGAUGUAGAUGUAGUUACUAAAAACAUUGACAGUAUUACCGAAGGCAUAGCUAACCUCAAAACUUCUCUUAAACAGAUUUCAGAACCGGGCACUGUAAACGUAGACGCUACAGUUCAACCGAAAAAGCUUCGAUCUCCUACCAAAAAUGGCGUUCGACAGCUGAGGCAACGAAAGAAAGCCGGCAUGCCUAAUCGUCCUUAUAGGUCCAAUUUCUACAAUCAAAAUGAUCCGGACGCACUUUGUGCACUGAUCUUCUGCAACUCGAAAUUCAUUGCGAAAAUUUUGUACAGUCUGUUCUACGAAAGCAUUCGAUCCGAUCCACAGCUAGCCUAUAUCAAUGUCCAGUACACCGUGGACAAAACGGCCGAUCCGAUCAAAGAGCCGAAGGAGGCCGAAAUCGAACACCGCAAGCAGGAGGAAGUGCUGAAACGGUUCCGGAUGCACGAAUGCAAUCUCCUCAUCGGAACGUCGGUCCUCGAGGAAGGAAUCGAUCUGCCCAAGUGUAAUCUCGUGAUUCGCUGGAACGAACCGGUUAGCUAUCGGUCUUACGUACAGUGCAAGGGUCGAGCUCGGGCUGCCUCGGCCUAUCACAUUCUUUUCGUAACGCCCAAAUCGGACGCUCAACACUUAACGAACAAGUCUGAUGACCUGAGUGACCGAAUGCAUCGUUAUAUAUGCGCGAACAGUAGCAUGGCCCCACCGAACGAUGAUGAAGAAGAUAGUGACAUGGCGGGUGAUGGAUUGGAAACUAUUGUAAAUACUAUGCCUGCGUGUUCUGUUAAAAUUGAUUCGGAUGACCAUGAGAUAGAAUCGUGGAAUAAGUCAAAAACACAGAUUAUGGAGAAUUGUACAAACGAAAUGAUCGAAAAGAUCGCAAUUUACAUGGAGAUUGAAAAGCUAUUGCUGCGAAAAUGUGAAAACAUGGAACCACCGGAAUGCGAUCAACAGUACGCGGAUUGUUUCAACCAAUUUUUGGAACCGUACAGACCUCUGCCGGAAACGGAUGAAAAUAGCAACAGUGUUGGCUUAGCCAACGCAAUCCAGAUGAUCAACAAGUACUGUGCCAAACUGCCGAGUGAUACCUUCACAAAACUUACGCCACUGUGGCGAGGUGCCAAAACUGUGCGGAAUGGACACGAGCUAUAUCAGUGCACCAUACGGAUGCCCAUCAAUUCGCCACUCAAGGAAGACAUUGUGGGUUUGCCAAUGCCUACCGAGAUCUUGGCGAGACGAAUGGCAGCCUAUACAGCGUGUCGAGUCCUGCACAAAGUUGGAGAGCUAGACGAUUCGCUGCAACCGAUCGGGAAGGAAUCUUUCCGGGCCUUCGAAGCGGAUUGGGAAGAUUUCGAGCUCGAAAGCAACGAUGCGCAGAUCGUGAACGAAAACUCGGAGCCGCGACCGGGGACCACUAAACGACGGCAAUAUUACUAUAAGCGGAUCGCAUCGGCUUUCUCAGAGUGCAGGCCUUCUGUUGGUUCCAAAGUGUUUCUGUAUCACAUCAACAUGACUCUGCAAUGUCCCAUACCAGAAGAGCAAAAUACCCGUGGCCGCAAGAUCUAUCCUCCGGAGGAUUCGCCUCAAGGUUUCGGUAUACUAACGACAAAACUGAUUCCGAAGGUGAGCGCCUUUCCCAUUUUCACCCGUUCAGGCGAAGUAAAAGUAGCCCUGAAUCUGUGCGAAGAACGACCCAUACUGGAUCAAGAACAGCUGCAAAAGAUUCACAUGUUCAUCAACUAUACGUUCACUAAGGUGCUCAGGCUGCAAAAGUAUCUCAUGUUGUAUGAUCCAGAUGCGAUGGAAAACUGUUUCUUCAUCGUCCCAACCAUCACCCGGGAAAAUGCUGUUACCGUGGAUUGGAAUUUCAUCGAUAUCAUAGCGAAGAACGUGGAUAAGAUGCCCACCUUCAUACCGGACGAAAAUCGUAAAAGCUAUGCUUUUGAUAGCAAUCAGUUUAAAGAUGCAGUCGUUAUGCCGUGGUACCGGAACCAAGAUCAGCCUCAGUAUUUCUACGUUGCGGAAAUUUGUUACCACCUGUCACCGAAAAGUUCCUUCCCGGGUUUAAAUUAUAGCACUUUUGAGGAGUACUAUUUUAAAAAGUACAAUAUUCAGAUACAGAACUGCAAGCAACCCCUGCUGGAUGUGGAUCAUACCAGCGCUAGACUGAAUUUCCUCACGCCAAGAUACGUUAACCGAAAGGGGGUGGCUCUUCCCACAAGUUCCGAGGAAACUAAGCGUGCCAAGAGGGAAAACCUAGAACAGAAGCAAAUUCUCAUACCUGAGCUGUGCACUAUUCAUCCGUUCCCAGCAUCCCUAUGGCGCGCUGCAGUUUGUUUGCCCUGCAUUCUCUACCGGAUCAAUGCCUUACUACUAGCCGAUGAGAUUCGCAAGGAGGUGGCUCACGAUCUCGGUUUGGGCACCACCGACAUAGCCGACGAGGGUUUCGAAUGGCCAAUCCUGAACUUUGGUUGGAGUUUGGCCGAUGUGCUGAAAAAGUCCAGAGAAGCCAAGAUGAACGCUCAAGCGGUGGUUGAGAAGUCCUCCGAGGAGACCGAUAAAAUUGAAAAUCCUCCAGACGAAGCAGAAGAGAAAGGCACAGGAAAGGAAGACGAUAAAUCCACUGAAAAUAAGGAUGAUGAAAAAGAGAAUGGAGCGAUCGAUGAAGAUGAGAAGACGGCAAACGACUUACUGGAAGAAGCGGACAAGAAACUUAAAGCCGAAGGUUUCCAAAUUGGAACGUGGUCCAACGAAAUGGCCGAAACUGUCGAAGACGAAAUGAUGUUUGACGGCGAAAAUUGGGGUCUUCCGGCUAACGUGGACAUGUGUUCCAGAAACAGAACAAACAUCCGUUAUGGAUCGCCAACCUCCUGGGACGUUGGAACGAAGGAACAAUCGUCCGAUAUUCGUUACUAUACUGAUUCCGAAGGCUCGUACGUUUCCGAUGACGACUUCGACGUCGGCAGCGACAGAGACUUCGAUCAAAACUACGGGCUGAAAAUCGAGUUCAAAUCGGACAAUGUUGCAGAAGCUAUCGAAUCAGCGGAUGACAUCAUCAAACGACAAAAGCAACGCGACAUUAUCAACAGCACGAAUAUUAACGAACAGCUGUAUCAAAAUUCUAAGAACGUGAGUAGUGGGUUCGAUUGCACCAAAAGAAAUGAUCUGGAGGAAAACUUGAAAAUGCACGAGGAGCAGUUUGAGCGAUCGACAAAUGAAUUCAAGAAACGCAUUAGGAGUUGCGGUACGUUAGUCAAAUUUGACGAACCGUUGACUGUUGAUAAUACUUUACGGAAAUCGAAUGGUGCUAGAACGGAAUGCGCAAAUAAUUCGAAUAUUUACGAGCUAUUUCCCUACGCUCAAAAAGAAACUGUCGAUCAGUACAUUUUAUCAUCUGCCGAUGGAUCCACAUACAUGAAUCUCGAUGGAUUGUAUGAACUAAACAAACUGUAUUUCCCGGAAACUUAUACCGUACUAGGAACUGGUGAUAUAUUCGAUAGAUUUAAUGAUGAAAACAUGUUAACUAUAGAUGAACACGGCCGAAAAACAAUUGUAUUGGAUAUCAGAAAUCCCUUCGCCGAAGGCGAAAACUCUCCCAUUCCUGUCGAUGACAGCGAAGAACAAACAAUAGAUCUUACAUUAUCAACCGUUAAUCUCAAAAACACAAUCAACAACCCUGACGAAUUCAGCUUUGACUAUCAGCCAGACCUAAACAAUCACCCUGGACCAAGCCCUAGUAUUAUCCUCCAAGCACUUACGAUGUCGAACGCGAACGAUGGAAUCAACCUGGAACGGCUGGAAACGAUUGGUGAUUCGUUCCUGAAGUAUGCCAUAACCACCUACCUCUACUGUACGUACGAGAAUGUCCACGAGGGCAAACUGAGCCACCUGCGUUCGAAGCAAGUGUCGAAUCUAAACCUCUACCGAUUGGGCCGACGGAAAGUGCUCGGAGAAAGCAUGAUAGCGACCAAGUUCGAGCCUCACGACAACUGGCUUCCGCCGUGCUAUUACGUGCCGAAAGAGUUGGAACAGGCGCUCAUCGACGCCAAGAUUCCCGCUUGCCAUUGGAAUUUGGCCGACCUGCCAGACAUCAAGCAGCUUUCGAGCGAAGAAAUUUGUAGGCUAGUUAAGGAGCGUGCGCUGGCUCUCGGGUUGUUGGAUGAUUCUGACAAUGAAGAGGGCGAAACAAUGAAAGAGAUACAGCAGCUGGAAACGAGAAACGACGAGUUUAUCAAAAAUUCCGACUACUUCGCUUGCUUCAUCCCGUACAACCUGGUUACUCAACACAGCAUCCCGGACAAAUCGGUAGCCGAUUGCGUUGAAGCGCUCAUAGGGGCCUAUUUGAUCGAAUGCGGACCUCGGGGUGCACUUCUACUGAUGGCAUGGCUGGGUAUCAGAGUUUUGCCAGUAUACGAAGUUCCUUACAAUAAAAGCCUUCCGAAGGUUCCGGGUAGUUCGCAGUGCUACGAGAAAGAUGGCAUUAUGAUGCAAUCCGUAUACGGGUACUGGAUACCGCCAAAAUCUCCACUCUUGAUGUAUGCGCCGAAUCCACACCAAACUCUGGAACAUCUUUUAGAUGGUUACAGUGCCUUCGAAGACUCGUUGGGUUAUCGGUUUGAAGAUCGCUCUUAUCUGCUGCAAGCCAUGACCCAUGCAUCUUACUGCCCGAAUCGCUUAACAGAUUGCUAUCAACGCUUAGAGUUCCUCGGCGAUGCCGUCCUGGACUAUCUCAUUACAAGGCAUCUCUACGAAGACCCAAGACAGCAUUCUCCCGGAGCUUUGACGGAUUUGCGAUCAGCCCUAGUCAACAAUACGAUCUUUGCCUCACUGGCGGUGCGGCAUGAUUUCCACAAAUAUUUCAGGCACCUUUCACCCGGUCUCAAUGAUGUAAUUGAUCGGUUUGUGCGCAUUCAGCAGGACAAUGGACAUAUCAUCAGCGAGGAAUACUAUCUAAUAUCCGAGGAUGAAUGCGAUGAAGCGGAAGAUGUCGAAGUGCCCAAAGCCUUGGGUGAUGUUUUCGAAUCCGUCGCGGGAGCUAUCUUCCUGGAUUCAAAUAUGUCGUUGGAUGCAGUGUGGAAGGUAUACCGAAGCAUGAUGGGACCGGAAAUCGAACAGUUUAGUAAUUCUGUACCGAAAUCACCGAUCCGAGAGCUCCUCGAGUUGGAGCCAGAAACUGCUAAGUUUGGAAAACCGGAGAAGUUGGCUGACGGACGACGCGUUCGGGUGACGGUUGAGGUAUUCGGAAAAGGAACAUUCCGUGGCAUUGGGCGCAAUUAUCGCAUUGCAAAAUGUACCGCGGCCAAAUGUGCUCUCAGGCAGCUGAAGAAGAUGGGUCUGAUCAACAAAAGACGUUAAACUAUCAUCGGUGCAGGUACCUAGAAAAAAGUGGAAACAUACAGUCCUAGAUUAAGUCGGUCAUCUUCUUGGCUUUACAAAACAAGGCAGAAAAUUGUCUGAAUGGUUUGUAAAUUCUAGUUCCUACUAUAAUCUGAUUUUUGCUUCAAAUUGAAGUCGAUUCACAGCAUGUUUAUGUUAGUUUCUUCUAGUCAUUUCAAUACACAAUAAAGAUUGUCAUUUUUCGAAUCAAAUUUCAUCAAAACAACCGUGCAUAUGUUUUUUCAUAACACAAAUAUCUUGCUGUUAUAAAGCUUAAGCAGUAGAUUUUCGAUAACUGCAACAGUGCAACAUGUAUACGUUUCACUAGGACAGAUCGGUGAAGUACUAGAUUUGUAGUAAUGAGCUGAAUUUUAGUAUGGUGAGAAGGUCAAUUCUCCGUUUCUGCAA